AUGGCAAUGGAUGAACAUAAUGUGUCAAGUAUUGGUAGGGGUUCAAGGCUAUGGUUUAGUCAGUUUCCUACUAUGGGUGGGCUUGGUAGAGACGGACACAUUACCUCGACUCCUCAUACUCGCCCUGGGAGGGUUGGUGCUUGCGCAGCUGCAGAUACUGGGGUGGGUGGGGAGUCUACAUUUUCUGGGCGGGAUGUCCAUGUUCUCAGUGACUUGGUGAAAAAGAUAGGCACCAGUAUAGGUGAGAACAUUGUUUCAUGUCUUAAGUCCAUUCCAGCUGUUGAUGCUAAUGUUACCCACUCGACCACAGCUGAUCUGUCUAGGGUUAACCUGACAAUCAACCAUGAUAGCCAUGAGCCACGUCCUUUCAGGGGGGACAAUACAGAUGGGAUAUCAGUCUGUGAGUGGGAGGAGGCGAUGAGGCUUUAUUUGAGUAAGAGGGGCAUCGUGUUAUGUGACCAGGUGGAUGAGGUUCUGGGCAAGCUACGGGGGAGGGCAUGUGAUGUAGUGACCAUUGGGCUUCGCAGCCAACCCUCCUUAGACUUAAAGUCAGGACCUCAACCUGUGUUUGACAUACUUAAGCAGCACUUCAGUGACUCUGUGACCUCAUUUAUGCCUCUGGCUGACUUCUAUGACACAAAGCCUCGACCCACUGAAACUGCUGUUGACUAUUGGAUUCGGCUUAACAAAGCCAUUGACAUUGCUGUAGAUGGACUGAAGAGACAAGGAAAGACCCUUGACAAUCCUUCCCGUGAAGUGACAGUCAUGUUUAUCACUCACUGUCCUGACACUGAGUUGUCUCUAGUCUUCAGCUGCAAACCGCUAGAGGAGUGGACUGCCGCUAUUGUCCAGGUGCGGUUGGAUGAACACCACAGGAAAAGGCGCCUCCAGCAACGUCAGUCUUCAUGUCCGGCUAACCAGCAACCCGACCAACCUGUGAGUGUUGUGCAGUGCCAUGCUCAGUCUGCUGGGAGCGCUCCUGCCCCUCAACCAGUUACAACCAGUGGAGUGUCACAUGCUGAAGGGCAGUCACUUGAACAUGUCAUCACUCUCCUUGAGCGGUUACUGCAGCGAGAGACUUUCCAACAUUCCAGACCUCCAAGGUCAUCAGGUACUGGUAGCCGCAACAAGUCUCGGGGCCCCUGUGCUGUAUGUAGGAAUGACAAUCAUGACACUGUGUCUCACUGCAGGAGAGAGCGUCUGUGUUUCCGCUGUUUUUCCACAGGCCACCAAGCUGUAUUCUGCCAUGUCGCUCCUCCUCCUGACUCAUCUGCUGCUCAACCUGAUGGUGCCACCCAGCAGGAAAACUAG